AUGAGAGGCAGCCGCCCGCUCUACUUCGCCCCUUCCCCCCCCCUCGGCCGCCCUUUAGGCCCGGCAUCAAUUAAAAGUAAUAAAAUAACGAAAUCCGGACUGUUUCGGUUGCGUGAACCCGGCUUUCGAUGGCUUCCUUCCCCUGCCCGCUCUAACCCGCGAUGCCCACCCAUCCGAUCGUUCAAACAACUGUCGUUUCUCUGUGUAUGUGUAUACUAAAACCGUUCCAAGAGUCCUCUUUAUAGACGAAUAUUACCGGUAACGCGAAAGGCAACGUCGGACGGCACUGUAACAGUCGAUACUUCCCUUAUAUUUUCCAUGGUCUCUCAUCUCUUUUGUCACAGCACAGCACAGCCGGAUUUCUCUUAAAGAAUAUAGAGUUAGGAAAUGGUCGGGGCCAGAUUAUGGAAAUCGGAGUUUAUGUGGACGUUUUAUGGCAGAGCCUGCCCUUUCGCUUCAGUCCCUGUCAUAGACGUGGAGGAUAGAGAUGUUGAAAAAGGACAAUGUCAUUACUAGAUGGCCUGACCGCCCGAAAUACCAACAUAAUCCAAACCCUCAAAGGUCACACCAGUGACGUCAAUUGCUGCGACUUCGCACCAAAUUUCACAUUGGUCACUGGAUCAAGUGAUAAAACAGUUCGAAUAUGGGACUGGCACAAAGGUUCGGGAUACGUGGAGCGUCCAAACUCCCCAUUACGUGCCCACAAGUACCAAGUAACUUGCGUGAAAAUAUCACCGCAAGGUUCCAUGAUGGCCACCUCUUCGGUGGACGGUACCGCCCUACUCUGGAACCUACACUCUUUAAGCAAAUUGUACACCAUGACCCAGGUGAACGGGGAUCCUAUACGUGUAUGUUGCUUUUCUCCUGAUAGUACUUUGUUGGUUACGGCCGGGGAUAAUGGUGCCGUGUGUAUUUGGGAUUUGGUGCAUAGGACAUUAACCAGAACUCUAUUUGAACACGACGGCACAACCCAGGGUCUAGCCUUCACUCCAGACAGUCAGUAUUUAGUGACAGCAUGUACCUUAGAAGUGGUGAAGAUUUGGAACCUACAAGACCUGAUAGAUACAACGACUGAUAACGUAUGCACCCCUUUAAGUAGGAUAGACAAUAUUCACGACAUGGGUGUGUUUUCCAUAGAUAUUUCUAAGCAUAUUAACGUUGACGAAAACAAUCCCCUGAUUCGCCACUAUAGCAUGGCCUCGGGAGGUUGCAACAACGAAAUUAAAAUCUGGACAAUCACAUCGAAAGCUUUAGUAAGAAAUAAGAAUUCGACUCAUAAGCAAGUCACCAUAGAGCUAGAUAAGGUCCUAGAAGGGCACAAUUCGUCUGUAACAUGUUUAAGAUAUAGUAAUGUGGGUAAAUAUCUGGUAUCAAGUAGCUUAGAUAAGUCCCUAAAAGUGUGGGACACUAACAAGAAUGGUGCAUGCUUAAUAAACCUUUAUGGGCAUCAGAGAUAUGUUAAUUGUGUCAGUUUUUCUAAGGAUAUGAGCCUUAUUGCCUCAGGUUCCACAGGUUCGAAUGAUAAACUGGUAAUAAUUUGGGAUCUGACUGGAAAUAUUACCCUGGAAACCGAUCUGGUUAUGCCCCUGGUGAGUCCCAGUGGUGCGGUUGAGACGCAACUAGCGGAAAACAGCGUGGGACAGAGCAGCGAGUGUGAACUUUUAGAGAAAAUCGAGGAUAUCUUCGAUGGUGGGGUGAACAGUUGCUGUUUUUACGGAAAGGAUCUGUUGGCCACCGGAUCUGGGGAUAAGUGUAUAAGGUUAUUCAAGGUUAUGGAGGAAAAUAAUAAUGUAGAGGAGCUGUGCAAUUCACCGUUAGAAGGACACACUUAUGCCAUAAAUUAUGUGGAAUUUUCCAAGGAUGGUACGAAAUUAGCAUCUUCUUCUUUGGACGGUUGUACUUUUAUAUGGAAUCCGCAGAAUGGGGAAAAAUACUUAUCGGUCCCAAAAAACAGCUUGUCAAUCAAAAUUUGCAGAUUCUCCCCGAACGGAAAAUUCUUAGUAACAGGCGGGGACGACGAGAAAGCCGUCAUCUGGAACGUGGACACCAUGGAAGAAAUUUCUGUCCUUGAUGGCCACCUGGACAGCAUAACCUCCGCCUGCAUUACCCCAGACAAUAAAUUCAUAGUUACGGCCUCGUGUAACUCGGACUAUCGCAUCUGGAACCUGGACACCGCCAAGUGCGUUUUUAUUAAAGAAGACGCCCACGACGGCGGUAUCCAGAGUUGCGAUUGUUCAGAAAACUUGGAGCCUAUUCCCAACGUAAUCAGCGAGGGGCAGAAUUACUUGUUGGCCACCUGCGGUAACGACAGUAUGGUGAAACUCUGGAGAAUCUUCUUUGCUGUCGGAGAACAAGACGAUCCGGUAAUAAAACAGUGGCGUCUACUGCAAGGUCACGGAGGAAACGUCAUUUCCGUGAGGUUUUCACCGACCGUUGGGGAAGUGGUGUGCUCCACAGCCACCGACAGACAAGCCAGGAUAUGGUCCGUUUACGGCGGAGACUGCUUGCAUGUGUUGGAUCACGAUUCAAUUGUCACGUGUUGCUCGUUUAGUUCGGAUUGUUCGUUGUUGGCCAUCGGUUGUCUGGAUCGCACUUUGUGGAUUUGGAAGUUGCCGCAACAUCUUGUAUUUCAAACGGCUAUAGCGAGCAAGUUGAAAAGCCACACGAAAACUAUAGCGGAGUGGUCCAAUGGGGAUGUCAUUAAAUGGCUGGAUGAGAUUAAUAUGAGUAGGAUAUCGGAGAAUGUUGUUAAUACGGGUUUGAAUGGGGAAAAGUUGAUGACGCUUACUGAGAAUGAAGUUUGUUGUGGAUUAGAUUUGGAUUACGAGACGGCAGAAAUAAUGACGCGCGAACUAAAAUGGCUAAAAAAGGUGGAGGUACAAAUAGAACGGCCGCCGUCCAUCGACAUCCCCGAAGAGUUCUUGUGCCCCAUCACCCACGAGAUCAUGAGGGAACCGGUAACCUGUUCGGACGGGUUCACGUAUGAAAGAAACGCAAUCGCCGAGUGGUUCAUGUCGGGGAAGUUCAGUAGCCCGAUGACGAACGAGGUGCUGGAUAAUACGGACUUUAGUCCCAAUUUGGAGCUGCGAGAUUCGAUUAGGCGGUUUUUGGAAAGUAGCGAGGAAGAAGAGUAGACGGUUAAAGCAAUAAAUAUUAUUGACUUAGUCUUUAUAUAUGUGCCUUGGGAUUAUAAUUAAAUAAGGUGGGGAGAAUAUAUAUGAUCCAGUAGAGACUUUUUUUAAGCUAAACUGAUGAAAUUUGGUAUGUAUAUGUUUGUGUUCUGACAUAUUCAGUUGUCACGGAUUUAACUGAAAAUUGCCUUAUUCAGAAUCUGCUGGUCUAAAGCCAACGAUAUCUUGGUUAGUUUAUUUAUGUCUAUGGAAUAGAAUACUGUGUUCUACCCAAUCAAAUCCCCAAGUAAAAUCGUGAAAAUUAUCAUGGGUAUGCAGACCCUCCUUCCUUGCCUAAAUCACCGAGUACCUUGACUGUAGAACGUUCCUACAAUUUCGAAACAUGCCGUCGGAAUUUCAUUCUUUAUUAAAGGUUACCUCACCCAAAAGCAAAGCCAAGUACUAUAUUUGGCAUUCACCAGAGUUUAACUUCUAUACAUUUUUUUUCCAAUUUAUUAACUUUGUCCUUGCCUUAAAUUUUGCUUCAAUUAUUAUUUAUCUUGUGAGAAUUUUAUAUUAAGGACAAUCUCUUUAAAUACUUGGAAAAUAUUUUUAGUGAGAAUUUUAUUUAAAAACGGGGUACAAAUAUAUUUUGUAAUUGUUUCUUGUGUUGAAUUUUCCCAAUCUUUUAUCAUUUAAAGUUUGGGUUAUAACCAUUAUUGUAUGCUAUUCGUUUUUGAUAAUGUUGACUUCUGCGUUAUAAUCUGAUGGUGAAAAAAAAAUUAAUUGAAUGUCAAAAGUAAUUAUUUUAGUAAAGAUUUCUUGGAAGAAAAGGGCUUGUGAUGGACCGCUUAAGAAAUUAUUGUUACCAUUUCUUUAGUUUUAUUAUUUCCAUUUUUUUUUGUACAAAAAUCAAUCUAUUACUGGAUGUCAAAUAUAGGAAAGAGUGAAUUUUGUAUUAAUAUAUAUUUUUUUUAAUAAUGAACGCCUUUAAAAAAAAAUCUGAGGGGUCCAUCAAUGGCACAUUAUGUGCCCAUGUUGGCCCCUGUUGCAAAUAAAUAUUAUUUUAUCUUAUUAACUUCUUUUUUAAGCUUUAAUAAAAAAAAUAAUUCGUGGGGUACAAAAAUAUACAUAUAAACUCAAAAAAUUAAGUACAUAAUGCACAAAUAAAUGAUUUGCAACGGUAACUAACACCCGCACACUCAAUGUGGCACCACGAUUUACAUACUUGACAGCGAAUCCACUUUUCUUUGCUACGUGAGUGAGAGAAUAACUCGUUGCAGUAAAUGCAAUUGGCAUCAUAUGUGUCUUCUUUACCUUUUUUAAGGAAUUCCUUCAAGAUAGACUCAUCUUCGUCAGAACUGUCAUUUUCAAUGACAAGUUACUACCUUGUUGUUUUCUUAGUUUCGUUUCCUUUUAAAUAACUUUUUCUUUGAGUUCUUGAAUUUCUGGAGUGGAAUUUAAAUGACCAGUUUUUGCACGAAUUUUGCAUAUUCUUUUUUCAACGCCCCCAGGUACCACUUGAGGUGGAGGUAAAAUUUCUUUCAGUGACACAUUUAAAACUGAAGAUGAAGAGGUGUUAAAACCAGAAGUACUUGGUUGAUUUUGAAUGUCUAACUCGAUGGUACUGAGUUGAGCCUCCAAUGGAAUCUGCCUAUCCGUUGCUAAAGCUGGUGCAAACUCCCAAUCUUCAAAAAUAUCGGGAUUAAAAGGAUGAAUUCCCGUCUUUUUAUAUGAAUUUAUUGCGUUAGAUGGAAUAGCACUCUUCAAAAAGGCUUAAUUAAGAAGCUUGCUAUUUUAUAUUGUGUGACUGCCUUUCCUGGGUUUUGACGCAGCCAUAAUUGGAUUUCCUGGUCAAAAUAGGUGUGAAGAGGACGAAAGAAUCCGACAUCUAAUGGUUGAACGUGAUGGGAACAGUGCGCAAAAUACUACAACACCGUUUUCUUUAGAAAACUGUCUAGAGACAAGGCUUUUAUGGCUACUGUGACCAUCUAAAAGUAAAAGAACCUUGUUCUCAUUAGAUGCUUUUGAAUACCUUACAAAGUGCUUUAGCCAUUUACAAAAAAUUUCAGUGUUCAUCCAUCCUUUUUCUUGCACAAAAGCUAUGCUACCAGCGGGAGCACCAUUCAUAAGCUCAUCAUUCAUUCUUUGACGAGGAUAAAUAAGAGCAGGUGGAAUAUAAGUACCUAUGGCAUUCGGUGCACUUUACAGUGACGUGUUGCCCCCGCUCUGCACUGCUGAGUGCCCCAACUUGCUUGCGUCCUUUUGCAGCGUAAACUUUUUGACAUUUCUUUUGGACUGGGGUCAAACCUGACUCAUCCAUAUUAUAUAUGUUUUCCGGAAGAAAGUUAAACUGCUCUAGAGUAUUAGAUAGUGCUUGAAAAUAGGCUUGAAUAUUUGGCUUGUUAAAAGCCUGGGCUCUGGCCAAUGACGUGCUUUCUGGGCAUCGCAAAGAUAUUCGUGGGUUACGUCUUAAAAAUCCCCUAACCCACUUGCAACCUGCCAUUUUUGUUUCCCGAUUAAAAUCAUGUUUUAUAUUAUUCCUCUCGGCUACUUCAAAUACCAUCCGUCGCAAAUCUUUAGAAGUUGGUCCAAAAAAUCGUUUUUCCAUUUCAAUAAUAUGUUCGGCAAUUUCCUCUUCGAUGGCUUUAGAGAACGUUGCUUUUCGUCCUCUCAAAUUUCCUUUAGAACAGUCCCGCUUAGCCAAACGUCUUCUUAAAGUUGUCUUCGGUACAUUGAAGGUUUUGGCUGCUAACUUAAGCACAUAUUGCUAUUUCUUACAUUCUCAAUAGCCUGCCGCAUGUCAUCCUCAUCCCACUGUUGCCUUUUUUUGGAUGCCAUAUUUAAACCUAAAUAGAAAAAAAUAUAUCUAUAGAAUAAUUAAAUUUGUAUAUUGUUGCCAAUGACGGACCCUUGGUCCAUCAACAACCUGAAAUUGUCCAUCGACAAUUUCAAGGGGUCCAUCAUAGGCUGUUUAGCACAAAUCACAUAAAAAUAAAAAAUUCUUCGCCAUAACCUCAAUUUUUUCCCGGUAGUUAAAACGAAACAGUUUUCCUAAACAGCAGUGAGAAAAACAGAUUCAAGCAAAUAAUAAAACAAAAGUUAUCUAACAUUAGGUUAACCUACUUUGUUAUAUCUGUACUUACCAAUUUUAACUUUUCUGUUUAUUUUCAUAAAAUCACUUUAUAUUUGCACGAGUACAUAUAAACAACUUAAGAAAAGCUUUAAUCAACCUAACCAAUGCGACGAAAAUGUAUUUUGUGCGGUAAAUUUAAAUAUUUAACUAGUGGUCCAUCAUGGGCACUGAUCCAUCAUAGGCAUAUUUCCCCUAUUCUCUACGCAGGACAAAAAAUAGAGUUCAUUCACUUUAAUUAUGAAAUUUGCAUAUCCGCAUUGCCUCAUUUGUAAAAAAUGUGUCGAACUAAAAAUAAGGGGACCCAUGUUCAUUUAUUUUUUCAACCAAUAAAUAGGCUCCCUAAUACUGAAUUUAUUCCAGUUAAAAAUUCCACCCUGUAUGAAACUAAUUGUUACUGUUUUUAAAUUAUGUAUAUAAAUUUUACUAAUUUUAAAUUGUGACAUACCUACGUUUGUUUAAAUAGUGUCAGUUGUCCUAAUGUUUUACGUUUUGACUCCUUUACUCAGACAGUUGUUUGUUAAAUUUUUAAUUUCUUAAAUUAUAUUCUUUACACCUUUUCGGUAACAUUGAUGAUAGCUAUUUAUUACCGAAAAGCUCUUUGCUAUUAGUUUAUAAAAAAUAUAUACAAGAAAUACAAAUCUCACAGUUCAUUAAAUCUACGUGUGUGUACACAGUCACUCUUGCAAGUUAAAAUCUUUGAGGCCUUAUUAAAAUGGCCUCUCACUCUCUCUAAUCUCACUGACUAGACAGCAUUGUAAUGUUUUUAUUCACUGUUUAUUAUUAUUUCACAUUAAUUAUACGCUGUAUUUAUUUCGUACAAUUUGAUUUAAUUUUAAAGUCGUCCCUUUAUUCGGAAUGUUCCAGAACAUUCACCAACUCUCUACAUGUCCCGAGUUGUUCUCGAUUCUUGUUGCACCUUCGGGUCUAGGGAACGGACGAGAUGAUUCUUAUAUACCGAAAGAGCAACAAGCUGGUAUAUUCGCGGCUGUUAAGAUGGUUACAUUAUUAUUCAAAGCUUUGAUUAAUACAUUUCUCAUUAUACUCUAUUUUCUUUGCUUGAGAUUAAGACAUAGUUUUUUCACGUGAUUUUAGCCGUAUCUCGAAUACGCGUUUAGGUAACAUAUCUACAUACCAAAAUUCAUUUGUUUAGCUUAAAAAUUAAAUGAAAUAAGUGAUAGGCCUGUGUGAUAAGUGUUCCCUGUAUCCUAAUUUUUAGAUUUUUUCCCUAUAGUCCAGACAGACCUUAAAAAAUGACUUCUAAUGCCUGAAAUAACGUCGAUUCCCCGGGAAACGUUAAGUGAUUUUUAUUUCUUCCCGGGAAUUCUUAAGAAAAAACUAUUUUUACGUCUGAAAGUGACAAAAAUCACUUUAAGUACCUAGAAGUUUAAAAAAAAAACAGUUAGUUGAACUCGAAGAAAUAUUCAAUUUUUUCUCAAAGAGACCGGCUUAUAUUAAAUAGUAAUAAAUUAAACUCCAAGUCACAGGUCUCAAAUAUAUUGAAUAUAAGGAGGAUUACAUGUGUUUCGCUUGUACUAGGCAUCAUCAGAUCUUCUUAUGCGUUCACUAAUAAAUAGAAAAACACUACAUAUUACAAGUCUUGGGUAAAAAUUAAAAGAUAAUAAAAUAGGACGGAAACUAGUUAUCACAUAUUAAAAAUAUAAACAAAAUAAAGGAAUCGUUUUAGUCUCCGUACCACUUUUAUUAACUUUUAAUGUUUUUUUUUCAUAUUAUUAUUGAAUAUAUAAGAAGAUCUGAUGAUGUACAGACGAAACACGUGUAAUCCUCUGAUCAUAUAUUCAAUUAUAAACUCCUGGACAAAAUUAUCGCACCACUUGAUUUUUAGAGAUUUUUUUUUUAUAAAGAUAAAAAAAUAAGCAAACUUAUAAGCAUUGUUAACUAUGCAUUAUUAAUUAACAAAAACAAUUAUAUUCUAUUUAACAAAACGAGAUUUAAGUAACUAAAUUCAAUACAAGGAAAAGCAUCGAUUUUCACUAACUUCAAUUUUGAUACAAAAAUAAAACAAUAGACCCAUAAUGAAUUCUUAAUAACGUGUAUUGCCACCUCUAGAUGCAAUGACCGCUUGAAGUCUUGGCAGCAUUCCUCGUAUCAAAUUAUGAAAACUUUCCUGCGGAUGUAUUCUCACUCCUCACGAGCAGCAUGUUCCAUGAUAAAGCAUAAACAUAGUUUUUGUCCAGUUCUGCUUUUUAUACGAGAAAAGAUAUUAUAACUGUUUUAACUGAUAUUUAUUUUUAUUUAAAUUUAUCUUGAUAAAAAAAUUAGUGAUGCGAUAAUUUUGUCCAGGAGUUUAAUAAGACUUGUGACUUGGAGUUUAAUUUAUUAGUAUUUAAAUGAGUGCAACUGCCUGGAAAAAAGAAAUAAUUAGAAGAGGUAUUUUGUGGGUAAAUUGGUUAUUUGUUAAAGAAAACUAUUUGUUUCUAACCAACGUUUCGAAUUAUAUUUAUCUUCAGGGCUGCAAUAAAUAGAAUUCGUCUUUUACUUUUUUUUACAUGUAUUUGUUUAAACAAAUAAUAAAAAAUCUCUUAAGUUAACAUUUAUGUAUGUAAAUGACAGUAUGCGUAUGUCAUAGAGAUGUUCAAUAAAAGGGGAAAAAGGAAAACUUUGAAAAACACCGAAGUCGUAGUUCUCUUUCGUUAAAUUAAAAGAGUACACCUCAAUUUAACGAGAACUACGUCUUCGGAAAGUGUUUUUGAAAGUUUUCCUUUUUCCCCCUUCUUGAAACUCUAUGACAUGCUUACUGACUUAUGUUAUUUACAUUUUUUUUAACAAAUAUUUAUAAAAAAAGAAAACACUGUUUGUUUCUAUCUAUUGCAGAGCCUUGAAGACGUAUUAAAUAGAAUUCGAAAUGUUUGCUAAAAUUAAAUAGUUUUCUUCCAAUUCACCCACAAAAUACCACUUCUAAUACCCAAUCUUUGGUCACAAAUUCACAAUAAUAAAAAGAAAUAAUAUGUGGAAAAUGACUUUUGCUUUAUUUGAAAAUUUAUACAAACAAACCUUGAGAAAACUAUCGCCUAAUUUCUUUUAUUGGUAAUUUUUUCCAGGCAGUUCAAGACCCGUAAAAACGACUCUAAAAUAUUUAUAAUAAGAAUUUUACAGUGAGGGACAAAAGUAUUGGCACACCAUAAUUUUAUAAAGUAAUUUAUCAAUGUUUACUAUAUUUAUGUAACCCAAUAAUAACUAUCUAACUAAAAACAUAUAAAAGAUUUAGUACAAUAAUAAUAAUAAUGAAAAAUAAAACAGAUUUCCUUAAGCAUAACGAGAGCAUAACAAAAAAAUAAAAAUUACAUUCUAUUUAAAAUGGACAUAACUACUAUUGGCACAACAAAUAAAAAUAAAAUUUAAUCCCAGUUUUAAUAUUUUGUAGGACCUCCUUUUCUUUUUAUAAUAUGAGUGAGCCUCCUUUUCAUGGAAUGGACCAGCUUUUGCGUAUAGGAAGGCUCAAAACUAUUCCAUUCUUGCAGCAAAACACAUUUAAGCUCUUCCUUACUGGAAAUAGCCUAGAUCGAUUCGCUUUCCGCUGGAGAUUGAGGAGGUGUAUUUAAAGUAUGAGGGACAUUAAACGCAAUCCACUGCUUAACUAUAUAGACUGUAUGUUUCGGAUCGUUGUCCUGUUGAAAGUAAUAAUCAUUUGCCAAAUUAAGUUUUUCCGCACUAGCUCUCAAGUUUUUUUUAGAAUAUUUAAAUAUACAUUUUUGUCUAUAAUACCAUCUAUAAAAACCAGAUUUCCGACCGAUGACAUACAGCCCCACACUAGUACACUACCACCACCAUGUUUCACAGUCUUAUGCAGAUUUUGUGCAUCUAGUUCACAAUUGGGCUUCCUCCACACAGUCACUUUCCCAUCUGAAUGAAAAAUGUUGAAUUUACUUUCAUCAGAGAAUAUCACUUUGUCCCAAAAUAUAUUAUCUUGAUGAAAGUGUGCAUUCGCAAAUUCAAGACUUUUUUUGGUUAACCUUAUUAAUAAAUGGUUUAUUCCGAGCUACUCUGGCACUAUUUCCAGCCCUAUGAAGAACUCUUCGUACUGUUUUUGAGCUCACGUUGAUGCGCUAUCUUCUUCUGUCAAUAUAGCCGCAAUUUCAGAAGCGCUAGUUCGAGGAUUUCGCUUAAUUUUAUUCACAAAUUUUCUUUCUUGCCUCUCCGUUAACUUUGGCGGACGUCCAGUUCUAGGCUUAUUUUUGAAAUUUUCUGCAGUUUCAAACCUUUUUAAGACACUACGCACAGUAAAUCGACUUUUCUUCACAAUUUGGACAAUCGCUGAAUACGAUUUACCCUCUUUUCGCUGCUGUACAAUUAUUUUUCGCUCGGAUUCCGUCGUUUCUUGGCCUUUGCGACACAUAUUUGCAAUGUAUGCAAAAUAUUUUACUUCAUAUAAAUAUUCUGUUAAAGAAUGUAAAAAUACUGCUUCAAAAUUCUCAUAUACAAGGCACCUAUUUUUAAACACUUUGUAAACAUGUGUGCCAAUACUUUUGUCCAUGGGAUUUUUGAUAGAAUUUUAAUAUGGGUUCUUUUGUAAAGCCUUUAUUUAUUAAAUUUGUAUUAAAUAUUAAGAAACGAAUGCUCUUGGGUAUACACUUUAAAUUAGAAAAUAUUUAAAUGUAAUAGGUCUAGUAGCUUAAGAGGAUAGAUACGAAUUUUAAUAAAAAUCAAUAUGUGCCAAUACUUUUGUCCCUCACUGCAUUCAUUUGAAGUCAUUUAUUCUUGAUUGUUCCACCUCCUAUGCUCUCUAAUAUGGGAAAGUCACGAUUAGUUUCCAUCUUACCUAUUAACCUGUUUUAAAGCAGUUAGUUUAAACUCGAAUACGAAUUAAUGCAUUUUGAAAAACAUACUUUCUGCUGCGAAUCUUAAGGUCAUAUGAUUCCCAACAAACAUACAAAAUUCAUGAAUCAUAACUUGCCAUAUUAUCAUCACAUUUUUAAACACACUGAAAAUAACCAUUUUAUAGGAUUUUUUUAGAGACUUUCAUGGAUUGUUUAGAUCCCGAGUUAGCCCAGGGAUUUCAUGGAUUAACUCUCGAAUUAAUAACCCACUAAAUAUUACAUAAGUGUAAUUUUUCUAGAUGGUUUGUAUAGUAUAUUUGUAUAUAACAUAAUUACACUAUAGGACAAAUAGUUACGUGUAAAACCUUACUAAUAUCUAUGUAAUUUUAUUUAAAGGCAACUAAAUGCACUGUUAUGUAAACGAAUAUAUCUAACGAUUUCGUGCCUUUAUUUACAUGAAAUACCUUUUUAUUUAUAUUAUCGAAUGAGUCAAAAUCUGUGAUAUAUAUUGUACGUUAAAAACUUCUAAAUAAAUACUGUUCUGUCUGUUAAAA